CAGAAGAUUUCUCUCUCCUCUUCUUUUCUUUUCCUCCAAGAACCUCUUAAGCUUCUUCUAUUUAUCCUUCUCCCUCGAAUCAUCCCAAAAUCAUUCAAACCCCAUUUUUAAUUUCUGGGUAACAAUCUCCUGAAUAUAAAUAAAAUACAACAAUAAUUUAAUCUGGGUUUUAGAGAUUUUGGGGGAAAUGGGAAGGAAUACAGAAACAAAGUUAAUACAAGAACUGGUGUUAUAUGCAGCAAGUGCAGCUCUUAGUUGUUUGGUAUUAUUUGUUGGGCUUAGACAAUUAGACCCUAAUCGUGAAGCGUCAAAGAAAGCCCUUGAACAGAAGAAAGAAAUUGCUAAGCGUUUGGGUAGACCUCUUAUUCAAACUAAUCCUUACGAGGAUGUUAUUGCAUGUGAUGUUAUAAAUCCUGACCACAUAGAAGUCAAGUUUGACUUAAUUGGGGGUUUAGAUAGCAUCAAGCAAGCACUUUAUGAGCUUGUCAUUCUUCCAUUACGGAGGCCUGAGCUGUUUACGUAUGGGAAAUUGCUUGGUCCUCAAAAAGGUGUUUUACUUUAUGGUCCUCCGGGAACUGGAAAGACUAUGUUAGCAAAAGCUAUUGCUAAAGAGUCUGGAGCAGUUUUCAUAAAUGUGAGGAUUUCAAAUUUGAUGAGCAAAUGGUUUGGUGACGCACAAAAACUCGUUUCUGCUGUGUUUAGCCUGGCAUACAAACUACAGCCUGCUAUCAUAUUCAUCGAUGAGGUUGAUAGCUUCUUGGGACAGCGUAGAAACUCUGAUCAUGAAGCAUUGACAAACAUGAAAACAGAGUUUAUGGCUUUGUGGGAUGGCUUCACAACUGAUCAGAAUGCCAGAGUGAUGGUUCUUGCUGCUACAAAUCGUCCAUCUGAACUUGAUGAGGCUAUUCUUCGCCGAUUUUCUCAGGCAUUUGAGAUUGGAAUGCCUGUUCGCAAGGAGAGGGCAGAGAUAUUGAGAGUAAUCCUGAAGGAUGAGAGGGUAGAGGAAAACAUUGACUUUGAUUAUCUAGCCAGCUUAUGUGACGGAAGUACCGGUUCUGAUCUAUUUGAGCUUUGUAAAAAGGCUGCAUAUCUUCCAAUCAGGGAGCUUUUAGAUGAUGAGAAGAGUGGGAAACCACAUCAUGCUCCAAGGCUGCUGACACAAGCUGAUUUAGAGAAGGUCCUUACUACGUCAAAAAAGACCAAUGUGGCUGCACAUGAAUACUCGAGGCUAAUGUCGCAAUCGUCUUCCUGGUCAACACAAGAGGAUGGAGAGGGAGUACCAGUCCAAAACAUGAUCAAUGAGCUCUCAAAGCUUGUUCUCGCCCAAAUGUUGAAUCUGCAGUCUGAUAAUCAAGAGAGCUAAGCUGCAAUAGUUACUGUCUUACUGAAGCUUAGUAGCUAAUUUGAAAUUAGUAGUCAGGUGGUUGGUUAGAUUCUCCACUGAUCCAAAGUUUUGUCGAAUAUCUCAGUCCUUCCUAUAUUACUAUACUACACCAUAUGGGAUGCGAUUUUAUGUAUAAUUUCUUAUUUAACUUGCUUCUUUAGGUGCCUCAUAUUCAUUUAUUGCUGAUACAGAAUUUACUCCUGUCACUCUCAAAGAUACCUUCUGUCAGCCUGUCGCUUGUUUUUGGGAGUGAAAGCUUCUUGAAAUCAUUGAUGUAUGGAAGGCUUGCAAUAUGCUACAUAUUGUGAGAUAUAGGGUUAACUUUAAAAUUUCAGUGGUUUAUAUGGUAUCUAGUUUUGUUUUUUCUUUCUUGUA